AUUUAAGAUUGGCUUUGCCCCCCAAGCUUAUUAAAUUGGAUGCUACAACCAGGUAUGCAAAUCGGUUCAAACAUAUCAAUCUAGUGCCUCAUCUUGUUCAUUUGGAAUCCUCGGUGGAAUUGAUUUCAGAUAUCGGAUUCCUAUAGAUGGCAACAUUCCUGUUUCAAAUGGCAUUGAUAAAUUGCUUACUUCUCAUAGCGAUGAGUACCAGCACUGCACUUCCGAUUCCAGCUAUCGAAGCAGUACCUGUUGUGGCUGCAUAUAGCCGAUACCACACCUCCGCUGAGAAUCAUGAUGAUGUUCUGACAGAGUUUUCAACGGAGCACAGUACAGAACAGACAAUCACUCACCGCAAAAGCAACGCUCGCGGUGUUCGCUUCGACAUGAUGCGGAGGCCUUCGAGCUGCGCCGAAAUGCCAAUGCUCGACUCCGAAUCUCGCAGCUUGCAUUUCGCUUGUGCGCUAGAUAGGAGCUCUCGCAGGCAACGGUUCCUGUAUCAGAAAAUGUCGAGCACAAAUUUUAUCAGAAGCGUCACGGAAGACAGAGUAGGCUUUCCACCAGAGCACCAACUCCCCAGCCUUGGACACAAUGAAACACUCCCUGGUCAGACGGACAACGAAUCCUAUGAGUUUCCAGAAUCUGCUGGAUAUGGUGAGUUCCUGGUCCCAAUCUACUUGGGCACACCUCCACAGAAAGCGGUCGUCAUCAUCGACACAGGCAGCGACCUAACAUGGAUACAAAGCGAGCCUUGCAGAGCAUGUUUUGAACAAGCAGAUCCCAUCUUCGACCCUUCAAAAUCUUCGACUUACAACAAGAUCGCAUGCUCCAGCUCUGCAUGCGCGGAUCUCCUGGGAACACAGACUUGCUCGGCGGCCGCAAAUUGCAUAUACGCCUAUGGCUAUGGUGAUGGAUCAGUCACGCGUGGGUACUUCUCCAAGGAAACCAUCACCGCAACAGACACUGCCGGCGAGGAAGUCAAGGUCGAUCUGUUUGAGUUUGGAGCCAGCGUUUACAACACAGGUACCUUCGGCGAUACGGGGGGUGAAGGGAUUCUGGGAUUAGGUCAAGGCCCUGUCUCAAUGCCUUCUCAACUUGGAUCGGUACUUGGAAACAAAUUCUCUUACUGUUUGGUGGACUGGCUCUCUGCUGGCUCUGAGACGAGCACUAUGUACUUCGGCGACGCUGCGGUGCCAUCUGGCGAAGUGCAGUACACUCCUAUUGUUCCCAACGCCGAUCACCCGACUUACUACUACAUAGCCGUGCAAGGGAUCAGCGUGGGAGGGUCGCUCUUGGACAUCGACCAAUCUGUUUAUGAAAUUGACUCGGGAGGUUCUGGAGGCACUAUCAUCGACUCUGGAACGACCAUCACUUACUUGCAGCAAGAAGUCUUCAACGCACUUGUUGCGGCUUACACAUCUCAGGUAAGAUAUCCCACAACUACGUCCGCCACUGGACUAGACUUGUGCUUCAACACCCGGGGUACUGGUAGUCCAGUCUUCCCAGCCAUGACAAUCCAUUUGGACGGAGUGCACUUGGAGCUGCCAACGGCCAACACCUUCAUCUCCCUUGAGACUAACAUUAUAUGCUUAGCAUUUGCGAGUGCAUUGGACUUUCCUAUCGCCAUUUUCGGUAACAUUCAACAACAAAAUUUCGACAUUGUGUACGACUUGGACAACAUGAGAAUUGGAUUUGCGCCAGCAGAUUGUGCAAGCUUGUAGACGAGGAUAGAGCUCCUGCUGAAGUCUCUACAACAGUGGCUUCUCGACCUGAACAAGACACGUGUUUGCUAAUUUCGAAAAAAAAUUACUCGAUAUGAGACGGUUCAACGUGAACGUAGGACAGUGCUGUGCAGGAAUAAACUCAAUUUUAAAACACUGGAAUUAGGCGGAACUUGAAAGCUAAUACAACAGAUCUUGAAGGGUUGUUUCAACUUCA